AUGCCAAGAAAGUACCAACGAAGGCUAGGAGCACGUCCCUACAAGGAUUAUUCUAACGCCAUGGCCGAAUUAGCACUUCGAAAGAUUGCUGAAGAUGAUUGGUCUAUUCGUCGUGCUGCAGCUGAAUAUAAAAUUCCAUUUGGCACACUUCGCUAUAAAUACAUUGGAGUUGCGUCAUUCGAUCCUGAGCGAGUCUUGCAGGAGAUCCCAAGUCAAGCUAUUGGCAAUGAUACUGAUGGCACUGUGAAUAACGUUCUUGUGAAGUACUUGCAACAACAACGUUUAACAGCAGUUCCAACAAGAAGGAAUAUUAAAAGGAUAAAACUAUCGGUAGAACCUGGCAAAAGCGUAACAGCAUGUAUUGAUGGAGAUUCUAGCGCUUCAGAUGUAGAUAAGCCAUUAACCGAUGACAACUCCGACGACAAUCUCCUAGAAGAUACAAAUGACGAUGUCGGAGUAGAGACAGAAUAUUUCGAACCAGAAGAAAAUCAAAUUGCGGCUGGGAAAUUUGUUCUAGUUAAGGUUUACGGUGGAUCAAGAAAGAAAGCAAUCUAUCGGCACACAGCUAUUAUACAGCAGGUGAGAGUGGACGAAGAAGGAAAAAAAGAAAUUAACUUACUGGGUAUGAAGUCUGUAGACAAAUCAAAGAAGAUUUUCGCAGUUGAAGACGGUGACGAAUUUGUAACAGAUAUAUCUGAAGUGUUAGCCAUUUUACCAAAUCCGUCAAUAAAACAAAGUGAGGGUAUCGACAAGUUCUUUUUCGAACGAGUUAUUGACGUUUUUGAAAUGAAGUAG